AUGGCAGCAUUUUCGGACCGAAGCUCGGUGAAGCCCGUCAGGCUGGUGUCCGAGUCUGCCAGAGAGCGGGAGACGUUCGAAUACUCGGCGUCCCUGCUCAGCUCCAUCAGGCUGAACGAGAGUGGCCGGCCGAUUCCCUCAUCCGAGCUCUCGGCAGCCGACGACGUUAUCCUCACCGGCCUCGCCCAACUGGGCGCCCUCCAGACCGGCACCGAUAGGUCACUCAUCUCCCUGUUCGACGCCCACCGCCAGUGUAUCGUGGCCGAAGCAACGCCUACCCAGCGCCUAUGUCCAUCGAUCAAGAGUGACGACUGCGAACGCCCCCUCUGGCUAUGCGGCACCGCCAUACCUCGCAGUCAUGGGGUUUGCGAGUUUAGUCUCCUUGGGGAACGGUCUUUCGACGCUGUCAAUGGCGAAUCCGCCAAGGAGCUCCCCCUGACCUUGGCCUACGAUCUCGUCGUUGAUCCUCGGUUUUGCGCCAAACCGUUCUGCCAGCCAGGCACUUUAGCUCGUUUCUAUGCUGCUGUCCCAAUCCGAACUCGGCGUGGUAUCAAUAUUGGCGUAUAUUGUGUUAUCAACGAAACACCAAACAUGUCCUGGAAUGAUGGCUACUCUCAACGGUUACGAGACAUCUCCUGUGCUAUCAUGGAUCAUCUCGAGGCGCAGAGACUAAAGGUCUUGCAUAGGCGAGAUAUACGGAUGAAUCGAGGCUUGGGGUCAUUUAUUGAAGGCAAAUCAUCUAUAUUUGACUGGCAGGAGCCUAUAACAUCUCCUCCUACUGAAGGGGGAUGCCAGACACUGGCAAACAGCCCCAAUUUCAUGCGGUCUUCCCAGCAACACCAGCGAGACGAUUUUGGAGAUGACGUUGUAACCCAAUUAUCGCCGACGGCUCAACUGCCCAACCCGAACGAUACGACGGAUCCGAUCGACGCUUUCUCUGAACACGAUCAGCGUACAUUCUCUGUGGAUAGCUCAGAGGCCAUGCUAUCAGAAGCCAAGGCCAUGGCUGCCUUGACAGAGGACGAAAGUUCCGUGCUUAUUACAUCAAAGGCAGCCAAUCUUAUUCGAGAGUCAAUCGAGGUUGAAGGUUGCCUUGUUUUCGAGGCUCCAAUCCAGCCAUAUUUGUCUCAAACGCACACCAAUACUACGAGUGAGGAAGAAUGCCAGACAUCUACAGCAAGUAGCAGCGAGGAAGACCUUGAAAUCAGACGUCGAAGUAAGGUCAUGCCGAUAUGUAGACUCCUCGGCUACUCCACGUCGAGAGCAUCGAGUAUCGAUGGAGACGCUCCCGCUCAACCUCGUAUAACGCUGACAGAAAGCUUCUUGUCCAAGCUUAUUCGACGUUAUCCUAGGGGUCAAAUUUUCAACUUUGGAGCUGAUGGCGAGUUACAAUCAGACUCAUCGGAAGAUGAGCAACCAUUUUCGUCUCCUGAGGCGCUAGCGGAGCAUUCUUCGCUGCUUACGUCCGACUCUAGGAUAAGUUUGAUAUCCUUGCAGGAUAAAUCACAGACGAGGUCUUCGGCACGACAGCGCGAAGGCGAGGCUCUCCUCAAGGCAUUUCCUGGCGCUCGGAGUGUUGGAUUCGUUCCUAUCUGGGAUCCGAGGAAAGAUCGAUGGUAUGCUGGCGGAUUUAUCUAUACCAAGGACUUGGCCCGAAGCUUUUCUAUUGAACAGGAAUUGAGUUACCUGAGGGCUUUUGGAAUGCUUGCCAUGUCUGAAAUCCUGCGUUUUAAGGAUUUGCGAGCUGAUAAAGCAAAGACUGAUGCUCUCGGCUCACUCUCGCACGAACUACGCUCUCCACUGCACGGCAUUCUGCUCAACUCGGAAUUACUAAUCGAUACCAAGCUCGACAUCUUCCAAGGAAAUGUUGCCCACACCAUUGAAACUUGCUCCCGUACUCUUCUUGACACCGUAGAUCACCUUCUUGAAUAUUCUAGGAUCAGCCAUUUCUCUGGCCGAGACGAUAGGGUUCCUAGUCUAUCAUCAAAUGGCCUCGAAUUAGGCCAGUUUGGCAAGAAAUCUCUACUGAGAGACUCUCGACUUGAUCAUAUUGUCGAAGAAGUAGUUGAAAGUGUCUUCGCUGGGUUCAAUUUCUUACACUUAUCUGUGAAGCAGCUGUCAGAUCGACAGAACGGAUCCAUCAACAGUGAUGUGAAUGCUAAUCAUCAGUCGGAUUCGCUGCAAGCGAUAGACCAACUUGAGCCUUGGAUGACCAACAAUGGGGAGCUGAAAUGGUCUUUUGAUGACGUAUUGAUAAUACUCUCAAUGGAUGUGAGAUGUAACUGGGGGUACAUCGCCAAUGUCGGAGCCAUCCGUCGGAUAGUCAUGAACAUCUUUGGCAAUGCACUGAAGCACACCAAGCGCGGCACGAUCACGGUAUCACUCACGCAAGAAAUGAUCCGUACCAGAAGUCGGAAGAAGGAACGUGUUGUUCGGUUCACAGUGCAAGAUACUGGUAAAGGUAUCAGUGCUGAUUUUCUCAAACACGGCCUCUUUCGCCCCUUUUCUCAGGAGGACCCCUUAUCGCCAGGCGCUGGGCUGGGACUCAGCCUUGUAAAGCAGAUUACUACUCAUCUACAGGGCGACAUCUCGAUUCAGAGUGAAGUUGGUGCUGGGACCAUAGCCUCUGUCACUCUCCCGCUGCAACAAUUGCCACUGUCUUUAGGAACGGCCCCUAUCAUCUCUGAUGAAGAUAAAGUUUUCAAAGAACAAGUUGAAGAUCUCAAAGGGUUGCGAGUGAGGCUUCUGAUGACCAACUCCGAAUGGCGAAAGGCCGUGGUCGACAUCUGCCGCGAGUGGCUGCACAUGGAUAUCAUUUCUAAUACGCCCGAUACAACUGUGACGCCGGAUCUUGUGAUGUGGUCUUAUAUGGACUUGAAACCAGUGCAGGAGGAUUUACAGACAUUUUCCAAGACACCUAAUGUAGUUGUGUGCUCGAAUGCAUUGGUGGCGUACCGCCAGUCGCAUGCGUUCAAGAAGGCUGGCUCUGCUGCUGUCUUUGAAUUUAUAUCACAACCGACUGGACCGCGUAAACUUGCCAGAACACUACAUUCGGCGUACAUGCGAUGGAUGAGUAAUUCCAAUUCACCAGCAGCGGCCACUUCAGCGCCAAUGGUAGCCAAGCGACCAAAGGGACCCAAAAGAAUGCCAAGUGCAUUCUCCGCCAACAAUGUUAGUAGGCCCUCUAUAGGUCGAUCAGCAAGUGUAGUAUCCCGAGGCGAUAGACCAAUACCGGCACCACCCAGCGCAACGGUCGAAAUACCUGCAAUGUCUACUGAGGAGCCCAAGGCACCAAUCAGGAUCCUGCUGGUUGAUGACAACUUCAUCAACUUGAAAGUAUUGUCCACUUAUAUAACAAGGCGUAAUAUUGGAUUUGACACUGCAAAGAACGGCCAAGAAGCAGUGGAUCUCUUCCUUUCAAAUUCGGAUACACCAUACGCCUGCAUCUUAAUGGACAUAUCUAUGCCUAUCAUGGACGGGUUUGAGGCCACGAGACACAUCAGAGCUCACGAAACCCAGAGGGGAUUAACGCCUGUGCCAAUCAUCGCGCUCUCGGGCUUGACAACAGAGGAUGCCCAGCAAGAAGCGUUUGGUAGCGGAAUGGACAUGUUCUUAACCAAGCCUGUGAAGCUUGGAGAUUUGGGGCGUUUACUUGAAUCUCAAGGAAUCAUCCACGCCGGUUGA